AUGGGCAACGGCCAAGGAAAACCCGUCGACCUCAACGGCGAAGUGAACCUCAAUCAUUUCCGCCUCUUGCGAGUCGUCGGUCGAGGUGCCUUCGGAAAGGACAUCGAAUACAUGUACCUUGUGGUCGAUUUGAUGACUGGUGGAGAUCUACGGUUCCACAUCUCGAGAAAGACUUUCACCGAAGAGGCUGUUAGGUUUUGGAUUGCCGAGCUUGGAUGCGCUUUGCGAUAUGUACACAGCCAAAACAUCAUCCACCGCGAUAUCAAACCCGACAACGUACUGCUCGACGCCGAUGGCCACGUUCAUUUGACAGACUUUAACGUUGCCUCUGAUGUCGUCCCAGGCAGGACACUCACAAGCAAGUCAGGUACACUGGCUUACCUCGCUCCCGAAGUAUACGCUGGUAAAGGAUACGACGUUCGGGCAGACUGGUGGUCUUUGGGUGUUUUAUUCUACGAAUGCAUCUAUAAUAAGCGACCCUUUGAAGGCGGCUCUGAAGGAUCUCUCAGUCAACAGAUUCAAGCUGCUUCGCCCAAGUAUCCCGUAACACAGCCGCCUGUGUCACUCUCCUGCCUUUACGCAAUCGGCUCCGCUCUUGACCCGAACCGUGAAACUCGAAUGGGAUCAACGUGGGAGAGUUUUAUCCAUAACGAAUUCUUUAAGUGCUUCGAUUUCGAGCUUCUCGAGCUAAAGCGAAUCGAGCCGAUUUUCGUUCCUUCCUCUGAAAAGACUAACUUUGAUGCUACAUACGACCUUGAAGAGUUGUUGUUGGAAGAGGCACCACUUGAGGCUCGUGCAAGACGCCAGAAACCACGAGAGCGUCUAAAGGAUGAUGCAACUGAGAAGGAAAUCCGAGAAGAUGAGUUAUAUCGCAUGAUUGAAUCGGAUUUUAAGCCUUUUGACUACACAGUAGCUGCCUACAAACGGAUUACCGAGGGCGCUGCCACCGAGGAAGGAUCCCACGACACGGACAAUACUCCCCAGGCCAUCACAACCGACGAAGCGACACCUGUCCCUGCAGUUAACGGAGGCUAUCAAUCGUCACCCCUUAACCCAAGCACCAGCAAUGAAAGUCGCACGGGACGCCCUGUACGCCCGGCUCCUCCACCGCCGUUACAGAACGACUUCCGAGCUCGCCACGUUCCUAUUGUUGCCGGUCAGCGGAUGACGAGUCCUACUGGAGGCGUGCAAGUGACUCUUGAUGGCAGUGGUAGCUGGUCCGAGCUGGCUCGUCAGGACGCAACCUUGCCUACGGAUGCUAACAAUAUUGGUGAUGGCAAGAGUGAAGGCUCUGGCGGCAUGUUUGGGUUUCUCAAGAGCAAGAAGGGACGCACGAAUAGCCCUAAGCCAAAGGAACGAGGUGUGCUGGGUAAGGAGGGCGCAAGAGUUGUCAUCGGUUAG